CGCCUCGCCGCGUUGUGGUGGAAGGCGCCAUUGGAGCCGCCGGAGCCGCGGGAGCAGCGCUCGCCGCCGCCGCCGCCAUGGACUACGGGGAAGCUGAAGACAGAGAUUGGAGAUUCCCAGAUACCCCCAUGCAUUGUGGUGUGAACAUGCCCAGUGGGUCAGUCUCAGACAUGGACCGUGAUUAUGGGCAUGGAGGCUAUGGUGGCCCACGAUCCAUGGACUCUUACCUUAACCAAUCCUAUGGGAUGGAGAGUCAUGGAGGUGGAGGCGGAGGAGGUGGUGGUGGUGGUAACAGGUUUGGACCUUAUGAGUCUUACGACUCCGGGUCUUCUCUGGGUGGGCGAGAUCUGUACAGAUCUGGCUAUGGUUAUAAUGAACCCGAACAAAGCCGCUUCGGAGGUAGUUAUGGUGGUCGAUUUGACAACUCCUACCGGAAUAGCCUUGACUCUUUCGGAGGUAGAAACCAGGGCGGGUCUAGCUGGGAAGCACCUUACUCCCGUUCAAAAUUGAGGCCUGGGUUUAUGGAGGACAGAGGAAGAGAGAGUUACUCUUCCUACAGCAGUUUUUCUUCACCCCAUAUGAAGCCUGCACCUGUAGGCUCUCGGGGGAGAGGAACGCCUGCUUAUCCUGAAAGUGGAUUUGGAAGCAGAAACUAUGAUGCUUUUGGAGGACCAUCAACAGGCAGAGGCCGAGGCCGAGGACAUAUGGGAGACUUUGGAGGAAUGCACAGACCUGGGAUUGUCGUUGACUAUCAUAACAAACCCAGUCCUGCAGCAGUUGCUGCAAGAGGAAUAAAAAGAAAAAUGAUACCACAGCCGUAUAACAAACCUGGUGGGACUUUCAUCAAGAAACCCAAAAUGACAAAACCUAUUUUGAAGCUGAGCCAGAAAAAAUCGCCUAACAUGAAGACGUCUUUCCAGGAUUCUACUAUAGAGGAAAUUGAAGUUGAUACAAGUGGUGCAGUCGUUAUAUAUGAAGACUUUACAAGAGAUGCUUAUGAUCUUGGAUAUCAGACUUUUGGAGAUGGCAAAGGAGGAGAAGUUAAAAGUGAGGAAGAAGAAAAGCGGCGAAUCGAGGCCAGAAGAGAGAAGCAAAGGCGUAGAAGGGAAAAAAACAGUGAAAAAUAUGGUGAUGGAUACAGAAUGGCAUUUACUUGCUCAUUUUGCAAGUUUCGAACGUUUGAAGAAAAAGAAAUUGAGGCACAUCUGGAGAGUGCAGCUCACCAGGAGACACUGGAUCAUAUCCAGAAGCAAACCAAAUUUGACAAAGUAGUUAUGGAAUUUCUUCAUGAGUGUAUGGUGAAUAAAUUCAAGAAGACAGCUAUGCGUAAGCAGCAGACAAGUAACCAAACGGAAAAUGCUCAGGCUGCUGAAAAAGAUAUAAUGGAAGGGGUUACUGCUGAUGACCAUAUGAUGAAAGUUGAGACUGUUCACUGCAGUGCUUGCAGUGUGUACGUUCCUGCAUUGCACAGUUCUGUUCAGCAACACUUAAAAUCUCCUGAUCACAUAAAAGGAAAACAGGCCUACAGAGAACAAAUAAAAAGGGAGAGUGUUCUCACUGCCACCAGUAUAUUGAAUAAUCCUAUAGUCAAGGCACGAUACGAGCUGUAUGUGAAGGGUGAAAAUCCUUUUGAAAUUAAUGAUCAGGCUCAAGAGCAGCAGACAGAGGAAGAGGACAAAGCUGAUGAGCCAGCCGAGGGUGAGGAAGAGGAGGAAGAAGAGGAGGAAGAAACUGAAGAACAAACUGACUUCACUUUAGACCAUACUGAAGAUAACUAAGUGCAAGAAAAUAAAAAUACAUUGGGGGGGAGAAGCCAGCUUUUUAUUUCUGCUCUAAAGUGGCUGAGACUUUUUAAUAGUCUCAAAUGAAGUUGAAGAUUCCCCACCAUUUGCAUGCAUUCCAUUCCAUGGAGAACUUGUUUAUAUAAUUCCUCUGUGUUUCUGAUUUUGUUUAAAAUAAAAUUAAGACUAUUUUAGUUGAGCUUUUUAUAGAAAACUGACUAUUAAAGCUGAUCAGAACAUUGUGUUGUAUAUUUUUUUAAGCAUCCUAUUUUUUUGGUGUGUGUAUUGAAAGUUGGAUAUAAUAAUAAUUUUUGGUCUAAUCAGUUGAAAAGAAAGGUGGGUCUCUGGGGUAAAUACAUUAAAAGCUUUAUCGUGUAAGCUUAUAAUAUUUACCUCUUAGUACAGAAUGAGUAACUUCAAAAAUUGUGCUGUUGAGUGUGGCUGUUUGGGGAACUGCAUUGCACUCUGUAUAAUAGAGUAUGUGUUUAUAAUGCCUUGUAGCUUUUUGUGAUAAGAUGUACCAGUUUGUAGCAAUAAAACACUUAAGAAAUGUUACUGUU